GCUGUGUCUCGCCGCCGCCCCGCCAUGCUGCUGGGCCCCUGGCUGGUGGCGGCGGCGGCGGCGGCGGUGGCGGCGGGCGCCGGGGCGGGCUGCCCGGUGCUGUGCACGUGCCGCGGGCAGGCUGUGGACUGCAGCGGGCAGCGCCUCUUCUCGGUGCCGCCGGAGCUGCCGCUGGACACCGGGAACCUGAGCCUGGCGCACAACCGCAUCGCCAGCAUCCCCCCGGGGUACCUGUCCUGCUACGGGCAGCUCCGCGCCCUCGACCUGCGCAACAACUCCCUGGCGGCGCUGCCGGCCGGGCUCUUCCUGGGCGCCCGGCGCCUGGCGCACCUCGACCUCAGCUACAACAACUUCAGCCUGGUGCCCGCGGACACGUUCCUGGAGGCCAGCGGGCUCCUGCGCCUCGACCUCAGCCACAACCCGGGGCUGCGCCGCGUCCACCCCGACGCCUUCCGCGGGCUGGCGCAGCUGCGGGAGCUGGACCUCAGCUUCGGGGCGCUGCCGGCGCUCAGCCUGGAGGCGCUGGAGGGGCUGCCGGGGCUGGUGGCCCUGCGCCUGGGGGGCAACCCCUGGGUGUGCGGCUGCGCCAUGGAGCCCUUCCUCAAGUGGCUGCGGGGCCGCAUCCAGCGCUGCGCUGCCGAGUCGCAGCUGGCCGAGUGCCGGGCCCCCCCUGAGGUGGCCGGAGCCCCCCUGCUCUCGCUGACGGACGAGAGCUUCCAGGCCUGCCACCUCACGCUCACGCUGGAUGAUUAUCUCUUCAUCGCCUUCGUCGGCUUCGUCGUCUCCAUCGCCUCGGUGGCCACCAACUUCCUGCUGGGCAUCACCGCCAACUGCUGCCACCGCUGGAGCAAGGCCAGCGAGGACGAGGACGUUUAGGGCCGGUGAAGGCAGCGGCACAGGGUCCUUGGGGGUCCCAUGGGAGCCUCCACACUGUGCCAGGCAGUGGGACCAGGGGCUGUGACUGGGGAGCAGCCCCCCCUGCUUGGGAGAGAGACCCCAGAAGUGGUGUGUGCCUUGGGGGGACACCAACCACCCUCCAUGGGGGACAUCCAAGGAAACCCCCGCUUCCAGCCCAAAAGCAUCAUCAGUGGAGCCCCCCCGAAUCCUGCCUGGCCCCAGGACCUGGAGCCGUCACCCAGCUCAGCACUGCCGCU